ACUCGACUCGAACUACGCAGACACAUACUGGAGAUCAGGCCCACAGCGACAAUUCGAAAACUAGGGUCAUUCAUCUGGUCUUGAUUGCGAUAGUCAGAAGUGGAAGCCAGAGACAUAUAUCUGGCUAUAAAUCUCGAAAUUUCAUCCAGCUCAACACGAAACCUAUAGGCAGAACGAAGCAGCUCCGUCAAUGGUUCGCUCGUAUUCUAGGCAUGGGCCCACUCAGGUCUUUGGCCUGAUUACCUCGCCUGCAGCGACAUCUUAUACCGCGACAUCGUCAACAGAUUCAAAUACUUACGCUUUUGUACCAGCCUGGGAGGAUGUCAACGUAUUCGACGUAAGAAAGGGGGAAAAAGUUGGGGAAUGGCACGUACCUGGAGGAAGAGAAGAAGUCGUCAAGAUCUGCGCGGCCCCUCGAAGAUCCUCGUCAAACGUUGGUGACGGGAACGAAGAGGAACAAGACCAGGAAGAGGAGGAUGAGAAGAUCUUCGCUGUGGCCUACGCCGAUGGAGCUAUCAGGAUCUGGUCUUCGACUUUCCCUAGUACCACCUCAUCCGAAGGUUACCCUAACCAGGCUUUCGAGCUCGUCACCUUUAACGGUCACAAGAAAUCACCUACAGCCUUGACGUUCUCUUCGUCCGGCCAACUCCUCUUCUCCGGUGGGGUCGAGGGGGAGAUCGUCGUCUGGGACGUCUUGGGCGAAGUCGGCUUGUUCCGUUUGAAGGGUCAUCGAGGUGGAGUCUCUGGGCUCAAGUACCUCCCUCAUCCGGAUUCGACGAACACGGGCGCGGGAGUGGAGGCGAAGAAGGGGUUCCUUCUGAGUACCUCCAAGGACGGGAUGAUGAAGCUCUGGGACCUUGACAGUCGACAUUGUCUGGAGACCGUCGUUGUCGGGCGAGGAGAGGUGGCCUCGCUGGAUGUACAGAGACGGAUCGAGUCGGACGGGUUUGAGGAAUUGAGCGAGGACGUUGGGCCGAAGGGAAGGUGGACGGUCUUGACGGGUAGUAUGAGCGGGGAGGUCAAGGUUUGGGAGGUCGGGUACGAUGAUCUACGGAAAGGUAUCAGGGAGAACGAGGAUGGGAACCUCAACCGCCUGAUCCACUCGAUCGGCCCGCUUCCGCUACCCAACUCUUCAAGCAAUACCCACCCAAUCCAGAGCAUCUACUUCCACCCCAACUCUCGUAUCCCACUCAUCUACGUACAAACCAGCGACAAGACCGUUCAAGUCGUAAGGAUGCGAAGCGAGGAAGAUAUGGAAGCUCGACGAGCUCGUAAAAGGAGACGUGAGCGGGAAAAGGCCAAGGACAAGAAGAAGGGUGGAGAGGAUGACGAGAUGUUGGCCGACGAGAUCAAGGUCGAGGAUGGGGACUCGACCGCAGGGACCUGGUUGGAGCGGAUAACCGACUAUUGCAUCGUCCGCGCCAAAGCCAAGAUCAGGUCGUUCUCCCUUGUCGAAUCCGAAACCUCGGGGACGCUCCAGAUCUUGUUACAGCUGAAUAACAAUUCGCUGGAGACCUGGACUGUCCCCGCUCCACCUGUCGAGAGCGCUUCCGGGUCGGUGAUGAAGAAGCUCAAGGCGUUGGCAGGUACGAAUGGGGUGAUCGAGCCAGCGAGGAAGUAUUCGGUGGAGCAUUCCGGACAUCGGGCGGAUGUCAGGACGUUGUGUGUCAGUUCGGACGAUCAGGUGGUAGCUAGUGCUAGUAACGGUCAACUGAAGUUGUGGAAUCUGAAGACGGGUAUUUGUAUCCGUACGAUGGAUUGCGGAUAUGCGAUCUGCUCCGUCUUCUUGCCCGGGGAUCGACAUGUCGUCGUAGGGACAAAAGGAGGGACGCUAGAGCUCUUCGAUCUACCUUCAGCUACACUCUUGCAAUCGGUCCAAGCUCAUUCAGGACCGAUCUGGGGGAUCGACGUCCGACCGGACAAGGGGGGGCUCGUCACCGGAAGUGCCGACAAGGACGUCAAGUUCUGGGACAUUCGGACGCGCGAGGUCGCCGGCGAGGGAAGCAAGAUCUUGACGCGAUUGGGAGAGGAACGAGUUAUCAAAACGAAGCAAUUAUCACUGGUUCACACCAAGACGCUCAAGAUGACCGACGACGUCUUGGCCGUCAAGUAUAGCCCGGAUAACAAGCUGCUCGCUGUCAGUCUAUUGGAUUCGACGGUCAAGGUCUUUUUCCAGGAUUCCCUCAAGUUCUUCUUGAGCUUGUACGGUCACAAGCUUCCGGUACUGUCAAUGGACAUUUCGCAAGAUUCCAAGCUGAUCAUCACUUCGUCGGCCGACAAGAACAUCAAGAUCUGGGGUCUCGACUUUGGUGACUGUCACAAGUCGAUCUUUGCACACGAGGAGUCCAUCAUGAGCGUCGGUUUCGAAAAGGGCAUGGGCCACGACGGGUUCGGAAGCACCGGUCGGGGUAGCCAUUUGUUUUGGAGUAUCGGCAAGGACGGGCUAGUCAAGUACUGGGAUGGAGACAAGUUCGACCUUAUUCAAACGCUACGAGGACAUCAUUCGGAGAUUUGGUCUUUGGCGCUGAGUCAUUUCGGCGACUUUGUCGUGACGGGAGGUGGCGAUCGGGGGAUCCGAGUAUGGGAGCGGACAGAGGACCCGCUCUUCUUGGAGGAAGAACGUGAACGAGAGAUGGAACAGACGUACGAGAGCAACCUGCUCUCCACCCUGAACCGCGAAGAUCGUGCUGUUGGGAGCGGAGCUGGAGGUGCAGAUGGGGAGAACGAGCAAGAUCCCGAUGCUGGCGGCGCAGACCAGGCGGGAACGGAAGCUGAUGCUGUCAAGAAGCAGACCGCGGAAUCGCUGAUGGCAGGGGAAAAGAUCUUGGAAGCUCUCGAGCUGUGCGAGGCGGACGCUCAGACGUGGAGGGAUUACCAGGAGUCGUUGGCGAAGGCGCCUGCGGGGGUGAGAGAGGGUUUGUUGCCUCCCCAGAAGAACCCGAGGAUGACGGCUUUGGCUCGGGAAGGAGAUCCUGAAGACGGGAUCUCUGGGGCCGAGUAUGUACGAAGGGUCGUCGAGGGUCUCAAAGGUCCCGGCUUGGAGGACGCUCUCCUGGUCUUGCCGUUCGACCGCGUGAGAACGCUCGUUGGGUGUCUAGACCAGUGGAUACAGGGCAAAGUCUCCAUCCCGCUCGCGAGCAGGAUCCUAUUCUUCCUGCUCCGGACACAUCACCACCAGAUAGUCUCGACGCGUCAUCUUCGGACCACGCUCGUCUCGCUCCGCGUCAACCUUCGGGACGCCUUGAAGCACGAGCGGGACAUUUUGGGUUACAACUUGGCUGGUCUAAAAUACGUCAAGCGGUUGGACGAUGCCGAGAGGAUCGCUGGCGUGUUGGAAGGCGAGAUGGACGAGAAGGUCGUCAAGGCGCGGAUCGAGGAGGGUAUCAAGAAGCGAAAGAGGGUCGGGGUUGUGGCAUGAUGAUGAUCGAUUCGUUGCAUUGUAACAGUAUUCGUGCAUAUAGGUACAUACAUUUGCUCUGGUGUAUCUCUCAAUGAUCUUAACGAUCUUACGGUUAGCUCUUGGCUUACACGGUCGUGUGCCCACAAGCGAUGAUUCUCCCAUUACGG